AUGACGUUUCUUAAUUUACAUUUCCACAUUGUGAAUUUCUUAAAGAAACUACUUAGAUGCAUCAUCUUUUCAAUCAUCAUCAUCUCCUUUCUGAAAAUCAUGACAUUAUCUCAAUUAAUUGAUCAAAUCCAAAUCGGAGCCGACCAUGAAAUACAAUUGAUACCGAUCUUAAACAACGCGAAUCUAAAUGCAACGAUUCAACUUCCAUCGCCAUAUAUAGAGAUCCAAUCGAAUCAAUUGAAUGUAACAGCUUUAUCCGAGCUUUUAUCAUUAGCUUUACUUCCUUAUUCAUCUUCAGAAGAUCAAACAGUACAUUCUCAGUCACUUCACAAUCAACAACCUAUCGUUAAUGAAGACGGUGAAUCGGAAUCAGAAUCAGAUCAAACGUUAUCAGAUGGUAAAUCAAUGAAAACCGGGAAAUUAAAUGAUCAAUCCCAUAUGCUGUGGCAAUCUUCUGGGGUUCUAACUAAAGGAAAUUGUCCUAAAAAUGUUUUAAUCGAAAAUUGUUUUGGUCUUGAACUUUCGGAUGAUCCAAGUCAAAAUCUUGAUCCAGGUGGUCGUACACCAAGACAGAGGAUUGAAUUCUUAACACCAGGUUUUGGUGAUGGAGACACUGCAACCUAUACUUGGAGUUCAUACUUAGAUUCAAGAGUCCAAACCACCAAUCACUUUUUUCAUCUAUUUCAAAUUUAUUCAAGAGGAGAUGAUGGACCAAUGUUAACAUUAGAUAUUAAAGAUCAACUAACAUCGAUUUUAGAUCCAUUAAGAUGUUCAGAUGAUUGUGGUGAUGGUACACAGAUGGACUUCGAGUCAUUCAAAUCUAGAACGAUUUCUCAUGCUCUCAAAGUCACAUUUGGUCCUUUGGGUAAGAUUGAUUAUGUUUUAGGCGAUAGACUAACUAGACAAGUUCAAUUAGGUUAUUCUAUGCAUGGUGGUCGUGUUGGAAGUGGCUCUACCAGUUUGAAGUUUGGUACUUAUAGAGCUGCUGUAGAUGGUAUGGGAUCAUCCUUAGCUUAUGUAGGAGACUUUCGAUCACAUACUUGA